AUGAUCAAGUAUUAUAGUAUAUUAAAAAAAGAAAAAGCAACCGAGGCGUCAUCAAUCGGACUCAUGGUUCAUUAUGAUGAUUUUUUUUCUUUACUUAAAAUUAAAACAAAAAUGAACCAUCUCAAUCUUCAAUCGAUGAAAGACUUCUGGCAAAAAUGGCGAUCAUCACGUGUACUUAUUUUAUUCAUUGUGUUUGUCGCUUUAUUUCUUGAUAAUAUGCUUUUAACGACCGUCGUUCCGAUUGUUCCUGAUUAUCUUUAUCGUCUUCAACAGCCAAAAAUAUCGAGCAAUGAUACGUAUAGCUUGUUAGCAAAAAAUUGUUCAAACAGUGAAAUAAUAGAACGAAGAAAUUAUUUCGUUCGAAAUCCUACUAAAUUUCGUCUUCUACUUCGAACACAUUGCAAUUGGACGUUAGAUUGGGCAAUAAAUAGAACUGAUAUUGAAAGUCAAGAGCGAAGAACAAUUUUAGAAAAAGAAAAUCAAUGGGUUGGUAUCAUGUUUGCAUCAAAAGCUUUUGUUCAAUUAUUAACAAAUCCAUUUGUAGGUCCAUUAACAAAUCGCGUUGGUUAUAGCAUUCCAAUGUUUUCGGGUUUCGCUAUUAUGUUUAUAUCGACGCUGAUAUUUUCUUUUAGUAAUAGUUUUGUUCUUCUAUUCAUUGCUCGAUCUAUACAAGGAAUAGGAUCAUCUUGCUCAAGUGUAUCAGGCCUAGGUAUGUUGGCUGAUCGAUAUCCGGAAGACGAAGAGCGUGGCAAAGCAAUGGGUACUGCCUUAGGUGGAUUAGCACUUGGUGUGCUAAUUGGACCACCAUUUGGAGGAUUUAUGUAUGAAUAUGUAGGAAAAGCAUCACCAUUUUUAGUUCUCGCGACAUUAGGUUUAUUUGAUGGAUUAUUGCAAUUAACGGUUUUGAAACCAGGUGUAACUAGUGUACCUAUUGAAGGUGCUUCAUUAAAAACACUUAUCAAAGAUCCAUAUAUUCUUCUCGCUGCUGGUGCAAUCUCAUUUGGUAAUAUUGGUAUUGCUAUGAUGGAGCCAUCGUUACCUAUAUGGAUGAUGACAACAAUGAGGGCAACCGAAUUUCAACAAGGGGCAGCAUUUUUACCUGCAUCUAUUUCGUAUCUAAUCGGUACAAAUGUCUUCGGACCAAUGGCUCACAAAAUGGGCCGUUGGCUAUGUUGUAUGAUUGGCUUGAUUCUUAUUUCAAUUGCGUUAACUGGUGUACCAAUGGCUACAAGCAUCUAUGGCUUAAUUAUUCCUAAUGGUCUCCUAGGCUUUGCUAUUGGUAUGGUUGAUUCAUCAAUGAUGCCUUCGAUGGGUUAUCUUGUGGAUAUACGUCAUUCAUCUGUUUAUGGUAGCGUGUAUGCUAUUGCCGAUGUUGCAUUCUGUCUGGGUUAUGCAAUAGGCCCAGCGUUGAGUGGAUUCAUCGUACAUGCAUUUGGUUUUCGUGCUAUGCUUUAUAUUAUUUCAUUUAUAUGUUUAUGCUAUGCACCCUUGUUGUUAUUUUUACGAAACCCACCAGCAAGAGAAGAAAAUAUGUCAUUAAUUACGGGUGACAAUCAUAAUUCAUUUUCGUACAUACGAAGUAAAUCAUUGGAUGAUGAAAACGGUUAUUGA